AGUUCUUGUUUCACUCACAACUCACAAGCUCAUUGUGCUCACAGAGCAGAGAGGACUCGCAAGGUCCCUUUUGAACAAGUGUGCUAUCUCAACUUUCCACUCAGUUAAAGUCAAGGCCUUUCAGAAAGUUUCCAGUUUUAUUCUUCUUUGGGUUAUUUUUUUUUAUUUUUUUUUGCUGUUUUUUGGCUUCAGUAGGUUGAAGCAGGAUUUUUGUUCCUUAUCUUUGAUUGUUGAGUGAUUUUCUGUAUGGCUUGUGGGAAUCUCUCAAGAGAAAGAUAGAGAUUGUUUUCUCUGUCGUUUUUUUUUUUUUACAUGUCCUCUUGGUUUCCAGCAGAGAAAGUUUGGAUUUUUAAGUGAAUUUGUGGACAUAUGGAAAUUCAGAUUGAUCGCUAGCUAGUCCUUUGUUGGUGUUCUGGGUCUCCAGUGAAAAAAUGUUUGCAACUUUGAUGGUUCUUAGCUCGAUUUUGAUACUUCUGGAGAAUAAGCAAGCUCGAAUCUUUCAGAAAAUGUGGCAAUCUCAAUAGCCAGAAUAAAGCGAAAAAAAGUUUGGUUCUUUACGGCUUAAAUUCAGAUUGAAGUAGAAGAAGGCAAUUUGCCUUUAGCUUUUCUGUUGUUCCUGGCCCCUUGUUGGCUUGCUAGUAUCAUUAUUAUUUCUGGAUUGUGUUUUCCUCUUACCUGAAUUCUGAGAAGUGAGUUAUAGAUUGACCUUUUGCAUUCAAAGAUCAAAGCUGCACUACUCUCUGUCUUUCUUCAUGCCUCUUUCUGAAGUACAUAGAACAGCAACAAAAAAAUAGCUGGAAAAUUCUCAGUCCAGGAUGACAAAUUACUCAUCAGAUCUAUCUUCAUUCAUGCCUGAUGAUGAAUUUGUUGAGCUACUGUGGGAGAAGGGUCAGAUUCUUGUGCAGGGCCCAUCCAAUAGGUCUAAUAAGAGCUAUUUCACCAGCAAUGCCUCCAGCCAAACUGGCAAAGCUCACGGCAAAGAUGGCAAUGUGAAGAUGGGGAGGUUCAGUUCAAUGGAUCAGGUGGUAGAUGAAUUAUCACCCACAGUGCCAUCAGUUGUGAGAUUGAGCAGUCAAGAGGAUGAUAAUAAUAAUGAUCCAUGGAUGAAUUACCCUAUUGAGGAUCCGUUGUUCCAGAUUGAUUACUGCUCUGAAUUCUUGUCUGAAUUCUCUGGAGUCGAUUUGAACUCUGUGACCACCAAUGCCAAGACUACUGCUGAGAGAAUCACUAGUUUUGGUUGUGGAAGAGCUUCGCAGAACAUACAAGUUGGCAAUGCUUCUAGAGGGAUUACAGAAGGAUCAGACCCACCCAGUAGGAUCAGGAAGAGCCAGUUAUUUCAUUUGCCACAGCAAUGCCAGACUGCAAUACCAAAUAGCAAACCAAAAGAAGCAACUGAAUUCCGUAACCAUGGCAUAACUAGUCGUCAUCAGGGUUCUUCUACUGAUGGUGUUGGUGUUGGUGUUGGUGUUGGUGAUGGUAGUGCCCUUCUGAAGACAUGGUCUCAGAAAAAACAAGAUACAGCCAGCACUAAAGUGCCUCAAGCGAGCAGUGGCGGUCAAGGCGGUGCAGGCUUGAUGAACUUCUCCCACUUCUCAAGAGCUGCUUCUUCGUUUAAGGCCAAUCUUCAGGGUAGUGAUAGGUUGAGGAGCAAUGAGAAGGCGUCCACUGCUGGCAGUAGUAAACCUUUGGAGUCUUCUCUGAUCAAUUCAAACAGUGGCUUCAAGAGCAUAAGUGGUCCAAUCCAAUGUAAACCAGCUUCUACUCUUCUUCAUGAUGUGGUUCAAAGAUCAUCUACAAAAUGUACCCAGGAUGUGGCUUCUGUUCAACAAGCAGAAGCACAUAAGUGUCACGGCAAAGUUGCCAUUGCUAGUCCUAAGCCUUCUGAUCAAAGUAAGGGUCAAAGCACAGGGUUGUCUGGAAGGCAGGAAACAGAGAAGGCUCCUGAAGCGCCAGUGGCUUCCUCUGUGUGUUCAGGCAAUAGUGUUGGUGCUGCAUCCAAUGACCCUAAAUACAGAGCAGUAAAGAGGAAAUGCAGGGAAGGAGAAGAAUCUCAAUACCAAAGUGAUGAUGUGGAAGAUGAUUCAGUGGGCUUGAAGAUAUCUGAUUCUGCCCACUGCAAAAGUGCAAAGAGGAGUCGUGCAGCGGAAGUGCACAAUUUGUCUGAAAGAAGGAGGAGAGACAGGAUCAAUGAAAGAAUGCGUGCGUUGCAAGAGCUUAUACCCAACUGUAAUAAGGUGGACAAGGCUUCUAUGCUUGAUGAGGCCAUUGAGUAUCUUAAAACACUUCAACUUCAAGUGCAGAUCAUGUCAAUGGGAGCUGGACUUUGCAUGCCUCCGAUGAUGAUGCCUCCAGCAAUGCAGCACCUUCGUGCGGCACCAAUGUACUCACCAAUGGGGUUAGGAAUGAGUAUGGGAAUGGGAAUGGGAAUGGGCUAUGGAAUGGGAAUGUUUGACAUGAAUGGUUCCCCAAGUUUGCAUGGGUUGCCUGGUGGACCUGCAAGCCUUCAGAUGUUUGGAAUCCCCGGGCAGGGACUUCCAAUUCCAACGCCUCAGCUGCCACAGUAUACCCCUUAUUCAACACAUCCUAUGAGGCCCAACACAAUGGGUGAAAGAUCAGGAACAACCUCUCCUGUAUCAGCAGCACUGCCAGUAGUAGAAACAGCUCCCUCUUCAAAUUCCAAGGAUCUCCCUCACUUAAAAGUGAACUCUGAAGCCCCACACCAAACGAAAGCAGAUGAUUCACCGAUUCCGAGCUCCUCAAUUUAGGCUCUGAAAGAUCAAACUGUUGUAUCACAAAUGAGUGAUCAAACUCUGCAUGUAAGUGGAAAAGGCACCAUCAAUUCAAUCAGGGAAAAUGAGAGUGGUGCUCCCUGAGCAACUGGCAAGCAGCAGUAUUUCAUGAAUGAUUUUGCUUUAGGGAUACCUAGAGUCCUAGAGCCGGCUUUCUGUUCAAACAAGCCAGCCAUCAAUCCUAGACUAGAUAUCGAAGACUUGGUUGGGAAUCAGCAGACAUCAAAGAGUUUCACAUUUCACACAUUUGUUUUCUUCUUCAGAUAGAGUGAGCACACAAUAAGCAGAAUUCCAGGAUGCAUAGUGUGCAAAUUUGAGGCAGCGCGCACAUGGUGAUAUUUUAAGAUGGCAGGGUUUCACUGACACAGUUGAGGGAGUGGACAAGCUGUUAGAGGAGAUAUCAGAUUGUACUAGAAAUGAAGGCGCUAACACUUGUGUAACAUUUUCUUUCCAUCAUUCACUAGUAAAUAUAACUUCUCUUCAACCUCUUUGCCAUAUUAAAA